UUCUAAAUUUAAAAUGUCAACAAUUUCCUAUUCAGAGAUGGUUCGUAGGGAGAAAGCAAUUAUUUUGGAAGCAAUGCAGGAAUCUACAAAUCGUUUGAAAGAAUGCUUUCCAAAUGUUACUGACGAAAAGAUUGGGAAUGAUCUCGCCAGACGAGUUCAAAGUGGUUUGCUCAGUUUCAAGGUAAAGCCUAGACGGUUUCAACCCUACUAUGUGUACCUGCGUAAAUAUAAGAGUAAAGGUGCUAUUGCUGCAGCUAAGGAUUAUAAACAGAUGACCGCAGAAGAGAGGGAGCGUUGGAAUUCUUAUUAUGAACAAUCCGAACAAUUGUUGACUCCUACGGUGCAACGAAGUUUGGGUUAUCGCUUCCGUACUAGAACGGAUUACAGUAACUUUCACAGGUUAAAAGCUUUACUGGAAAAGAUCGGCCGGGAAUCAGAAGCCCAUGUAGUUUGUGCGGUUGUGAGAAAGGUAGUUGGGUACAACCGUGCCCAUUACGUGAUCUCGGGGACCGAAGCUGGUGAGGGUUUUUUGCAGGAGUACGAAGAUAGGAAUGGAGGUUCUCUCAGCUCCAACCUUGAGUAUUUUGCUGAGAGACACAAGAGUGUUGAGGAAGGACAAGGUCCUUCGUAUAAAGUGACCGAAAACCCCCCGGCUAUUAAGCAAAAGAGGGUGACAACGUCAAAGCAUGACAUGCAAAGGCAGGAUUUGAGGGAGGCUAUUCUUCUCUUGAUCAGUAUGUUAAACAUUGUAGGUACAUCGAUCAUUAUUUAACAGUUGCUUUUUAAUAGACGAGACAAGGGCAGGUAUCACUGAUAUAGAGGUAAAAGAAGUUCAGUGGUCCUCCUUUAAAGAAGUUGAACGAGACGCCGAACAUGUCGUUCUCAGACAUGUCGGCUUGGGAAUCUCUAUCAGGAAAUG